UUUUCGGGUUCCAGGAAGUCUGAAUGUUCUGACUUCCCAGAUCUCGUCCUGACGACGCUUGUCACGGUGCCAAGUGAUUUGUCACGUGUCCCAACUGCUGCUAGGCCUGGCUGUGAGAAUUCUCCCUCGACUCCAUCGGCUGAGCGGGCCGGAACGACCACCAUCGCCGCGUUGUUAAACGUUCGCACGCCACGCGGGGCAGUUUCAUUCGCUUGGCCGUGUCAGGUGGUGGAGGGUUUGGCGAGAGAGAGACGAGCAAACUUCACAUAUGCAGGUGUCAGGGUCCGGAUCGAACCCACGACCUCCUGCACACUCCCCCCUUCUCACCCUACCACUCAGGAAACCUCCGCUGCUCGUGGUGGUGGUGGUGGCUGCGUUUAUAACCACCGCCGUGCGUGUCUCUCCACAGGCUUUGCUGCCGUCAUCGCGAUGUACCUCGCCGUCGGCUACGGAGCGUCGCUGCUGUGCAACCUCGUGGGCUUCUGCUACCCCGCCUACCGCUCGAUCGCGGCGAUCGAGAGCUCCAGCAAGGAGGACGACACCAAGUGGCUCACCUACUGGGUGGUCUACGGACUCUUCUGCGUCGGGGAGUUCUUCUCCGACCUCGUCCUCUACUGGUUCCCCUUCUACUACUUCUUCAAGUGUGCCUUCCUCGUGUGGUGCAUGGCGCCCGUGUCGUGGAACGGCUCCACCGUCAUCUACCAGCGCAUCAUCCUGCCCUGGUUCCAUGCCCACGCGGCACAGGUCGACCGCGUGAUGGAAGACCUGGGCGGGCGGGCGCGCGAGGCGGCCGACGCUGCCACGUCACGAGCCGUUGGCCUCGCGACAGCGGCCUUGGGCUCCAAGGACAAGAAAAGUUCGUGACUGCGACAGCGCUCGGCGCCGCCGCCGCCACGGAGCUGACCGACGCUGCGGGCGAAUCGACCUCUCUUCCGCGGCCGCUGAAUCCGGCUCGUGGUGGGGGGCGGUGGGGGGUGGUGGGGGGGUGUGUGGGGGGUGGGGAGCCGGGGAGUCCAUGCGGGGGUCGGGGGUCAGGGGUUAAUUAUUUUUUUGCCACUCCAUGCCACGUCGUCGGGUCGUGCCGCCCGGCCGCGUGGGGGCGGCACGGCUCGGUUUGCGGCCAGCGCGAAUCGGCGAGUUUCGGCGUUCACCGACCGGCGGUUUUGGCUUUUGAGAGGGAGCAAGGGGUGAAGUGGCGAGUUGGGAAGUUUUUCCCCGCCCGGUGUUUCAGGUCUGCCACGGGUCCACGCUGCAUUUCUUUACAUCUCUCUUUCUCUUGCCCUCCAUGUCUCUCCGUAUCCAUCUCUCUCUCUCUCUCGAGAUGGAUAGGGAGAGAGCAACAGAGGUGGGGGGGUGUUUGUUGCGUUGUUUUUCAAGUUUGCCAGCAUUGUCGCCCCCCCCCCACCUUCUCCGCGUAACGAAAUCCAGUCUCUCCCAAGAGCUGCGACGUCCUUCCGUCUGUUUGCGUUCAUCAACGAAUUCCCUCCGUCCCUUGCGAUGCAUUCUCACCGCGAAGUCUGUGUCGCUUCGUUUCUGGAACGACGGCUUCACUAUCGCGGUCUUCUCCGUUCAAAUACAUGUUAAGGUUGUAGCAUGCUGCAUGCGCAGUAUGCAGUGUGCAGCACGUGCAGUGUGCAGCAUGCUGCACGCACAGUAUGCACCAUGCUGCACGCACAGUAUGCAGCGGCGGGCCGAAUCUAGAAGCGUAACCGCAUGUGUGCCCGCGCUGGUACGCGUGUGCGCAUGUGUGUGUGUGCGCGUGCGUGCUGUAUGUGUGCGUGUGUGCGUGUGCCCGCGCUGGUACGCGUGUGUGUGCGCGUGUGUGCGUGUGUGCACGUGCGCAUGUGUGUGUGUGUGUGCGUGUGCCCGCGAUGGUACGCGUGUGUGUGCGCGUGUGUGCGUGUGUGCACGUGCGCAUGUGUGUGUGUGUGCGCGUGUGUGUGUGCGUGUGUGUGUGCAUGUGUGUGUGCAUGUGUGUGUGUGUGUGCGUGUGUGUGUGUGUGUGCGCGUGUGUGUGUGAACGGUUGCGCAGUGUUUUGCACGCUGCGCCGCGAACCUGGCGAGCCGAGUUCCAUGCCAACACGAGUGUUCGGUUAUCGGAACUUGUCCCGGGCCUCCUCCAGGUCGGCUCGGCCUUAAAUGAGUGGCAGCUCUGUGGUGUGUAGACAUCGGCACUUGGGGGGGAGCAAAGGUGGCCGAGCACAGGUAUCGGCCACACCACUCCUCUUUCGCGUACCCUGCCGGCCUGUAUAGGCGCUCACUCGCAGCACUUGCCCUUACAGUUUGUUGAGGCUACACGGGGGAUCUUCGUCUUUGUUCCUCAUGGCGUAGAGAGAUCCGAUUCGGCAUCAGGUGUGUGCGGUGCGUCACCACGUAGCGCGUAAUGGAACGGCGAAGAUUUGUAAAACGUGGGAGAAGGCGGAUCGCGAGGCGUUCGAUUGUGUUAAACUCUGGCUGCAAAUGUUCUUGCCCAGCCAGGAAAACCAUCUCCAUGGCCAGCUCUGAAUGCGCUACUGUGGCCAUGGGGUGAUUGCCGUGUGUCGGAGUGGUUCAACUGCCCUACCGUUUAAUCUCUUUGAAUAUAAACAGAGGGCUCGGUUGUGGAAGUUAUCUUGCGUUUCUCACACCUGCCCCCCCUCCCUCCCAUUCACGAACGAAGGAUUGUGGCACUGUCUGUUCCCAACACUUUGCCAGGCACCUGCGGAUGACCGUCGCUUGCCUGGGGCGUAAUUUAAAAGUCGACGGGGAUUAGUUUAUAAUUUAUCGUUGAAUAAAAGUUGAUCCAAUAAAAACAAAA